AUGCGAUACGUCGACUGCAACUCCGCCCUCGCGCUCCUCGGCUUCAUCCUCUUCGUCGACAUUCUUAGGGACAUCGUGGAGUACGUGACGACGGGGCGGCGGAGGCGGCGGUGGGCGCCGGCGGGGGGCGUGUGGGCGGGGGGGCGCCCCGAGACGGACAUCCUGGACUUCAUAACCGACGGGGGCGUCGAGCACCUGCAGGAGAGGCUGCCGGGGAUCGUCGUGCCGCUGCUGGAAGGCUGGUGGGAGCUCAGUGACCCGGAAGAACCCAGGGGCUGCUUGCAACAGAGCGUGUGCCAGGCCAAUGCUGUGCUUGCGCGCGACUACGGGGGUGCAGGAAGGGUCAUUGCAACGUUGAUAAGCAACGUGGGCAGCCGCGUGUUCUCUGGCUCCGACCCGCUGGCGAUGCGCGAGGCCCUGGACGCCGCGAGGACAGGCCGACGGAGGAGGGAAGCCUGCGAGGUGGCCUUCCCCUCCUGCCCUGGCCUGCGUCCGCGCCACCAGCAGCAGCGCUAUUUCAACGCCACUCGGCCUCUGGACGCGACUCCUCUGUGGGCUGGACGAGGGAAGAAGGAGAAGGAGAAGAAAGGGGGAAAGGAAGAGAAGGAGGAAGAAUGGGUCUUGAAUGCGCUGUACGAGUGAGGGCGGUGCAGAGAGCUGCGUGCGAGUCGGAGAAGUACAAGGGCAUUAACUUCUGACUGGGGUGUGUUGAUGUGAUUUUGUUUUCCUCGCCUUUCUCUCU